AUGAAUAACGAUAAUAAUACCGAUGUUAACAAUCACUUUGAGAUUGCUGACAAUAAUAACGCUAAUACUAAUACUAACAAUGACAUCGAAAUAACUGACAACAAUAAUAAUGAUAGCGCUGGUUCACGUUUAAAUAAUCGUAAUUGCAACCAUAAUGAAAUGAAUAACGAUAAUAAUACCGAUGUUAACAAUCACUUUGAGAUUGCUGAUAAUAAUGACAUUGAUAUCAACAAUCAUAUUGAAAUGACUGAUAAUAUUAGCAAUCAAUCAACUCAUAAUAACCGAAUUGAAAUAAAUAAUGAUUCACAAGAUUGUCGAAGAAAAAGAUGGUCACACCAUGAAAUCAAUAUUCUCGUAGAAUUUAUUUUAGACAAAAAAAUUGAAAUGAGAAAACUCAAUCGGUUGGGUUUAAAUAGAACUAAAGAUGCAAUAUUAAAUAAGAGCAGAAUAAUCAAACGACAAAUAAGAAAUUUAUUUAAUGUUUAG